CAUUACACCACACAUUUCUUUUCUAACAACAGUACUUGUUUUCAACAUGGCUAUUGCUUUCAAUUUAGAAAAGGCCUCACUGAUCACAGUCAUUCUGGCCGGUAUCCUCGCCGGAUAUCUGCCUGAAUCUGUGGUGGGUGACUGCUCAUGUGCCUCAUAUCAGUGUUGUAGUUAUCAGGGGGAGUGUGACACUGGCAAUGCGUUUUGCGGCUUUGGUUGCCAAGCUGGUCCUUGCUAUAAGAAUGAUAUCGUGGUUGCUGAUGUUGUGACGGAAGACUUCUUUAAUGGCAUCGUCAACCAAGCCGGUACAGGAAAUUGUCCCGGAGUGUGCUUGUACACCAGAGAAGCAUUUCUUGAAGCUGCCGAUCUUUAUCCUGAAUUUGGCACCACUGGUCCUGAUAAUGCAGCUCGUAAAUUUUCUUUGCAUGAGAUUGCAGCUUUCUUUGCACAUGCAACAUAUGAAACUGAUCAUUUUUGCAAUAUCUUUGAGGUACCGGUUAGCAACUCUAUGGACUACUGCAACACAAACUAUAUUCAACAGUAUCCAUUGGCACCCAAGAAGGGUUACUAUGAUGGGCUAAUGAACCCUAACAUUGCCUCAAACGUAUCUGUCACAUUCAAGACGGCCUUAGGGUAUUGGAUGACGAAGAUACACAUACCCAAUGUCAUCGAACUAGGGUUUGGGGAAACAAUCAAAAUCAUCCGUCCGCAAGACUGUACUGGUCAUAGCGACCAUCCCACUGACGCCGUCAUUGCUCUUGAUGCGUAUUUCAAGGAGUACUGCAAACAAUUUGGUGUCGACCCUGACUAUGAUCUCGAUUGCUAAGUCACAUAUUAAAGUUCUUCUAGCAGUAUCUAUCUAUCUAUUUAUAUCUAUAUCUAUAGAUCUAUAAGGAAAAUAAAGAGUAGUCUGAACUUAAUUUGUUUAGGUUCCUAUUGAUACUUUCCGGUAUCUUGGACCUGCUAAUAUAGUGUUGACUACUUGUAUUAAUGUUUGAUCUAUAAGGGAUCAAAAUAAAUAAUUUGAAUCAAUUAAAAUGUGGUGGUGUUUGGUUCAUCCUUUACCUUUGGCAAUAAAUGUUUUGCAUUUUUACAUUA